UCAUCCCCUCUAUCCACCUCCGUCACCUUGCACCACCAGAUUUUUGAUACCCAGUCCAUUUCUCUUCGAUACUCACACACAUUCACCAUGGUUCAGAACAAGGGACUCAUCUUCAAGCAGAUCCCCGAGGGCUGGCCCAAGGCAGGCGAGCACCUGACCAUUGAGGACCGUCCAAUUGACCUCAACCAAGACCUCCCCGAGGGCGCUCUCCUCGUCAAGAACUUCUACGCCUCAUUCGACCCCUACCAGCGCGGCCGCAUGCGCAGCGCCGAAGUCAAGUCGUAUGCGCCUCCCUUCGAGCUCGGCAAGCCUAUUACCAACCGCUCCAUCUUCAAGGUGGUCAAGUCCAACAAUGAGAAGUUCAAGGAGGGCGAGACCCUCAUCACCAUGAGCGUCUCUCCCAUUGAGGAGUACUCGGUCCUCGAAAAGGCUGCCGUCGAUGCCUGCAUGAAGCUCAACAACCCUCACAACCUCGACCCCAAGCUGUUCCUCGGCCCCCUCGGCAUGCCUGGUCUCACCGCGUGGUCUUCGUUCUACGAGAUCGGAGAGCCCAAGAAGGGCGAGACUAUCUUCAUUUCCGCAGCAUCUGGCGCCGUCGGCCAGCUCGUCGGCCAGCUCGCCAAGCACGAGGGUCUGACUGUUAUCGGCAGUGUGGGCGACGACGCCAAGCUCGACUUCAUCAAGACGGAGCUCAACUUUGACGACGGCUUCAACUACAAGAAGGAGAAGCCCGCGGAUGCGCUUGCCCGCCUGGCCCCCAACGGCAUCGACAUCUACUACGAGAACGUCGGUGGCGAGCAGCUCGAGGCCGCCAUCAACGCCAUGAACACGUUUGGCCGCAUCAUUGCCUGCGGCAUGAUCUCCCAGUACAACUCCAAGCCCGAGGACCUGUACCCCAUCCGCAACCUCAUGAACAUCAUCACAAAGCGGCUGACCAUGCGCGGUUUCAUCGUCGGCGACCAGAACAUGGGUCCCAAGCACGCAAAGGAGCACCAGGAGAAGCUGCAAAAGUGGCUGGCUGAAGGUACCUUCAAGGCCAAGCUCAGCGUCACCGAGGGCAUUGACAAUGCCGCCGAUGGCUUCUUGGGCAUGCUUGAGGGCCGCAACUUUGGCAAGGCUGUGCUGCAGAUUGCAGACAUUACCAAGGAGUAGAUUUUUGGAUUUGUAAAAUGAUACCCUUGUUUGGAAAAGACGAAUUCCAAUCAAACGAAUAAAUAAAUCAAAUAGAUCAAUGAAUAAAUAGAUAAAAGAACAUGAUAUACGAGUAUAUUGGUAUUGAAUGACGUCAUCGCAUCCAACGUGGACUUGUUAGGGAAACUUGAGUA